UGAAACCCCGGCACGGAGUGGAGGGUCACAUCAGCAGCUCCAGGUCCAGAUGUCCAGGUGUCCAGAUGUCCAGACCAUCAGUGUUCGUUUGUUGAAGUCGAAGACGUUUAGUCGAAGAUUGAAGUCGACAGUAUGAGUCUGAGCGUAGAUGAAGAGGACGGAGCACAGUUAUCUAUGAAGGAUCCUCCAGGGGGCAGUAAUGAACCAAGACCCUCCGGUCCACCACCCAGAUCAGAGUCUUCAGCAUCUGUCUGUCUGUCUAUGAAGAGUGACUGGUCUAAAGACGCCCCUCCAGAUUUUAAUGAACCAGGACCCUCUGCUCCACAACACAGAUCAAAGUCUCCAGCAUCUGUCUGUCUGUCUAUGAAGAGUGACUGGUCUAAAGACGCCCCUCCAGAUUUUAAUGAACCAGGACCCUCUGCUCCACAAUACAGAUCAGAGUCUCCAGCAUCUGUCUGUCCGUCUAUGAAGAGUGACUGGUCUAAAGACGCCCCUCCAGAUUUUAAUGAACCAGGACCGUCUUCACCACCUGGACAGACUGGACAAAUUUGGACCAAAGUCCAACAGUUGGUGACCAGUCCUGAAAAAAAGAAUGAAGACCCUGGGCCUUCAAGAGGGAGGAAGAGGAGUUCUGGUCCUGAAGUGGACCCGCAGUCCUGUUAUUUGUGUAAGAAGGUCCUGACUGAUCCGGUCCAGACCAACUGUGGACACUGGUUCGGCAGACAGUGCAUCACUUCAUACUGGGACCAGUCCAGUCCAUCAGGAGACUCCUCCUGUCCCCAGUGUGGAAAGAGAUCCAGAACCACAACUGGACCGCAGGUGGACAGCACUGUACAGAAUGAACAUAAACUCAGUCUGAGGAGCAGAUGUGAAUGUGUGACUGAAGGAACUGAUGAAACAGGAAGUAGAACCCGUCUAAACCGGAUCUACACUGAACUCUACAUCACACAGGGACAGAGUGAAGACAUUAAUACCCAACAUGAGGUGAAGACGCUGGAGAUAGUUUCCAAGAAUGUCCUCCAAGAUAAACCAAUCAGGUGUCAGGACAUCUUCAAAGCCUUACCCGACCAGCAGAACCCCAUCAGAGUGGUUCUGACCAAUGGCGUGGCUGGAGUUGGAAAAACCUUCUCGGUGCUGAAGUUCACUCUGGACUGGGCAGAGGGUUUAGAAAACCAGGACGUCAGUCUGGUGGUUCUGCUGUCGUUCAGAGAGCUGAACCUGGUCAGAGAUGAGCAGUACAGUCUGCUGACGCUGCUCCAUGUUUUCCAUCCAACGUUACAGAAGGUCACAGCAGAGCAGAUCAGCGUCUGCAAACUUCUGUUCAUCUUCGACGGCCUGGAUGAAAGCAGACUUUCACUGGAUUUCCACGACUGUGAGGUGGUUUCAGACGUCACUCAGAAGAAACCAGUCAACGUCCUGUUGACUAACCUCAUCAAGGGGAACCUGCUUCCAUCAGCUCUCAUCUGGAUAACUUCCAGACCUGCAGCAGCCAAUCAGAUCGAUCCUUCAUGUGUGGACAGGGUAACAGAAGUCCGAGGCUUCACUGACCUCCAGAAGGAGGAGUACUUCAAGAAGAGAUCCACUGAUGAAGAUCUGUUCAACAGAAUCAUCCUACACAUCAAGACAUCCAGGAGCCUCCACAUCAUGUGUCAAAUCCCAGUCUUCUGCUGGAUCAGUUCUACGGUUCUGGAGCACAUGUUGACUUCAGACCAGAGAGAAGAGCUGCCCAAGACCCUGACAGACCUGUACUCACACUUCAUCAUAGUCCAGACAAAGAGGAAGAAGAACAAGUAUGAAAAAGGACAUGAGAUAGAGCUGACGGAGGCUGAUAGAGAGGUUCUUCGGAAGUUGGCGAGGCUGGCGUUUGAACAUCUGGAGAAAGGAAACCUCAUGUUCUACCAUGAAGACCUGGAGCAGUGUGGUCUGGAUGUCACAGAGGCCUUGAUUUACUCAGGACUCUGUACAGAGAUCUUCAAAAGAGAGACUGUGAUCCUCCAGAAAACCAUCUACAGCUUUGUUCAUCUGAGUGUUCAGGAGUUUCUGGCUGCAGUCUACAUCUACCACUGUUACACCACCAACGACAAAGAGGUUCUGGCGGGGUUUCUGGGAGACUGGAACCAUAAUUCAACACUCGAUGAGUUCUUGAAAAAAACCAUGGAAAAAUCCCUCAAAAGUGAAAACGGUCACCUGGAUCUGUUUGUUCGUUUCCUUCAUGGCCUUUGUCUGGAGUCCAACCAGACACUUUUAGGAGGUCUGUUGGGUCAAACAGACAUCAGUCCUGAGACAAUACAGGCAAUCACCAAGAACCUGAAGGAGAUGAACAUUGGUUACAUCUCUCCUGAUAGAAGCAUCAACAUCUUCCACUGUCUGACGGAGAUGAACGACCACUCAGUCCAUCAGGAGAUCCAAGAGUUCCUGAAGUCAGAGAACAGAUCAAAGAAGGAACUGUCUGAGAUCCAGUGUUCAGCUCUGGCCUACAUGCUGCAGAUGUCAGACAAGGUUCUGGAUGAGUUGGACCUGAAGAAGUACAACACAUCAUAUGAGGGACAACUGAGACUAAUCCCAGCUGUGAGGAACUGUAGAAAGGCUCAACUUGCCCACUGUGGACUCUCGGAGAAUCUCUGUGAAGUUGUGGCUUCAGCUCUGAAGUCCAAUCCCUCCCAUCUCGUUGAAUUAGACCUGAGUUUUAACGUGAAUUUGACAGAUUCAGGAGUGAAGAUUCUUUGUUUUGGACUGAAGAAUCCAAACUGCAGACUGCAGACUCUGAGGUUGUGUUCCUGCAGGUUAUCGGAGACCAGCUGUUCUUCUCUGGCCUCGGCUCUGAAGUCCAAUCCAUCCCAUCUCAUAGAACUGGAUCUGAGUUCUAAUGACCUGAAUGAUUCAGGAGUGAAGCUGUUAUGUGGUGUACUACAGAGUCCACAAUGUCGACUUCAGGUUCUGAGGUUGACUUUCUGCUGUUUAUCAGAGACCAGCUGUUCUUCUCUGGCCUCAGCUCUAAAGUCCAAUCCAUCCCAUCUCACACACCUGACCUUGGAAUAUAACAACCUGUUGGAUUCAGGAGUGAAGCGGUUGUGUGAUGUACUACAGAGUCCACAAUGUCAGCUUCAGGUUCUGAGGUUGAGGGGCUGCAGGUUAUCAAAGACCAGCUGUUCCGCUCUGGUCUCAGCUCUGAAGUCCAAUCCAUCCCAUCUCACACUGUUGGAUUUGACCAAAAACAACCUGAAGCAGGAAGAUGUGAAGGAGCUGAGGGAUCUUCUGCAGAGUCCAGAGUCUUCUCAGCAGAAACUGAGAUGGUAGGGGUUCUGAUCUCUGUACCGGUCUUGGUGAUCUGGGCUGUGUGUGGACCAGCUGGAUCCUGAUGAUCUCCACAUGUUAAAGCAGCAACAGCUCCUGUUACAAAGGCUGAGACUGGACCACAUCACUGAUGUGAGAACAGCUCCACCAUCAGAGCCUCAGGUCCACCCACAUCCUGGUCUUCUGGAGCCCUGGUCCUGUUCUCUGGAGCCCCAGGGCUUGUUUCUGGGUUAAAUAGUGAACACACCCAUCAGUGCACCCUUCAUUGCAAAUACUGAGCUAACGAUGGGUCAGCUUAAGGAACGCAAAAUCCCUUUCUGGGCUUGUUGCGUUUGCUAAACCAUCGUUCGCUCAGUAUUUGCGAUGAAGCAUGCGCUAUUUAACCCAGAAGGAACGCCUCUGCUCCUGCUGUUUCCGUUCAUCUGUCAGCAUUAUGGUUAGAAUGAAGAAUCAUUAUAGGCUAUCUGUGACCCUGGACCUCCUCCCUCAUCCACACCUGUCUGGAUGGACAGACUGAUCAUGAAAUCAUGUUGUAUGUCACACCAGUUCUUGUUGCAUUUGGCGUGCUAUACAUACGCAGUUUCAUCCUUUUGCGUGUUAUUCAACGCCAUUUGAUGGUGUGUCAGUGUACACCAAGAUCUCUGGUUUACAUAUCCAUAACCAGAAACCCUAAAGCUAACCCUAACCCUAAUCACGCUAGCUGCUAAUCGCACUAAUCCCUAACAGCUAAUCACGUGUUAUUUUACGUGGUGUGAACAUACACGUGGAAAGCUUAUAAUGCGUACAGAUAACACGCCAGUUAAAAGUGGUGUGUUUAUGAUAUCACGUUGGGACUGACUGACGGUUUUCAGAAUCUGACAUCAAGAAAAUUCAAACUAUAUACAUCAAAUACCCGGUUAGCCCUAAGACAAAAGAAGUCCACUUCAAAUUUUUAAAUAACGUGUAUCUAUCCAAUGAACUGCUGAGACUGAGAUCUGGCACUGAUUACAACAGCUGUAGUUUCUGUGAACAAGAUACUGAAAUUACCACUCAUCUUUUUUUUUGAAUGUAUGUACACAACAGCUUUUCUGGAGAGAUUUUCAAGACUGGUUGUCAACCAAAAUGGUUCUAUCUGUUCCUCUUACCAAGGAAGACAUUAUCUUUGGUGUCAUUUUGAAGGUCAACAUGUAUGACCUGAUCUUAAACAACCUAUUACUGUUAGCUAAAUAUUUCAUUCACAGCUCCAAAUGGACAAAGACAAAGCCUCAGCUCUUUAAGACUGAUGAAAAGGAUAAAUGCAGCAGCUCUGCACAGUGCAUAAAAUGAUCUUAAUAUUUUCAGUGACCUCUGACCUCGCAAACUCAGGGAUGCCUAUGUCUUUAUGCACUUUAUUUGAUUUUUUUCCCUUCACCAUUUUUUUAUAUCUUCUCUGCAAUAAUUACUUCUAAAGUACUUCUGCCUUUUGAUAUUCUAUGUGCCUUGUUGUAUACCACAUUUCAUGUUCUGUUUAAAUGUGCCAGUUUUGUUCUGUGUAUUUCAUGAAUAAAUAUAAAAUUAUAAUAAUAAUCCCCCCCCCCCACUAAAAGGUUUAAUGUGGUUAAUGUUUGUGCCACAUUACUUUGUUUAAAAUGGUAGUGUUGCUUUUAUAUGCUCAUUUGAUUUCUUGAUAAGGCACAUGAAACAGUGAAAGUGUUCUUUCUGUAUCAGCUCUUAAAUCUGUAAGACCAGAUCUAGUCUUGGUUCUUAUCUACAAUUUGCACAAAGUGCAGUUCCCUCUUAUGGCCAUAAGGUGCAAUCUUUAAUGCACAUUUGUAUGUUUGAUGUUUUAAUGUUUCUGCCAACAGAAAGUACAUUGUACUUGUUAUUUUAUUUGUUAUUUUGCAAAAAUAAAACUUGG